UUCUUCAAAGCUUGCAUUUUAUAGGAAUAUUACUUUCAAUAUUUCAUGUCCACUCAUGCAUGCUAGACUUAUCUUAUAUAUGCAGUGACUUGUACGUAGCGUGCUAAACAUUCCAACGUUAUAAAGGUUUUUCAUGCAUCAUAAAACAUUAUAUGCAAUUCCUUAUUAGAUCUCAAAAAGAAAAUGAACUUUACAAAAUAUUUAGUUUUGAAUUUGUAUGGUCCAAAAAUGUGGAUAGUCUUUCUUCUUAUUUGGGGAUUGAUUAUUGGGACUGAAUCUUCUACAUUGACAUCUCAACCUGAAAUGGAAGCAAAUGCUAUUUACAAUAGUGGAUGGUGGAACACUUCUCAUGGAUACUACAACAUCUCGAAUCGGUGUAAUUGGGGUCAGAUAUCUUGCAACAAGGCUGGAAGCAUCAUACAAAUCAACAUAGACCGUUUUUAUUCAGGUUGGGGAAUAAGUUUUGGAACACUCAACUUGUCUACUUUCCACAAUUUAGAAACCCUUGUUAUCACGAAUGCUAGACUACAAGGGACUAUCCCAAAAGAAAUCGGUCUUCUCUCCAAACUCACUUUUCUUGAUCUGUCUAAAAAUUCCCUUGUAGGUGAGAUACCUCCUUCACUAGGAAACCUUACACAAUUAAAGCACUUAGAUAUAUCUUACAACCUAUUUAAUGGGAGUUUUCCUAUUACUAUCACAGGAAUUGGACUAAUAAUUCAUCUUGAUUUGUCUAGUAAUUCUUUUAAAGGUGAGGUACCUCAUUUAAUAAAAAAUCUUAGACAAUUAGAGUACCUAGACAUAUCUUACAAUUACAUUGAUGGUUCUAUUCCUUUUGAUGAGUUGGGGUUUCUGAAAAAUCUCACUAAAUUAAGUCUAUCCAACAAUAGGCUCAAAGGUGAGAUACCUUCUUCACUAGGAAAUCUCAAAAAAUUAGAGGACCUAGACAUCUCCUUCAACAAAAUUGAAGGUUCUAUUCCUCUUGAGUUGGGAUUCUUGAGAAAACUCACUACAUUAGAUCUAUCAUUCAAUAGACUCAACGGAAACUUGCCUAUUUCCAUUACAAAUCUCACACAAUUAAAAUUCAUUUAUAUCUCUCACAAUUAUCUCAGAGGUUCCCUCCCAUCUAACUUGGGUCAAUUAAGCAACUUGCAAAUCCUGUAUUUAAAUAACAACUCCUUCAGUGGGACCUUUCCUAUUUCUUUGAAUAAUCUCACACAAUUAAAAUACCUUAACACAAUUGACCUCAGUCACAAUAACAUUAGUGGUGAAAUUCCUUCUACGCUAGGAGGCUUUCGACAUCUUCUUUUAAACAAUAAUAAUCUCACUGGAACAAUUCCCCAAUCUAUUUGUAAUAUCACUGAUGUUGACAUUUCCUAUAAUUAUUUGAGGGGUCCCAUUCCAUUUUGUGUUAAGCCUUAUGCAGUAAUAGGGAACAAGGAUGUAUGCACUAACUCUUAUUACAAUCGAAUCUACUUUCAUUUUCAUGCUUGCUCGCCUGGUAAUAAAGUAAAUCACCAUGUUGCCAUUUUUCUUCCUAUCCUUAUUGUUCUAAUCCUAGCCUUCUCAAGUCUCGUGUGCUUUAAACUUUGUAAUAAUUCUAUCAAGAAAAACAAUGGAAACACAAUGACAACAAAGAAUGGAGAUGUUUUUUGUAUAUGGAAUUAUGAUGGCAAAAUAGCACAUGAUGACAUCAUUAGAGCAACAGAAGACUUUGACAUGAGAUAUUGCAUUGGUACAGGAGCAUAUGGAAGUGUUUACAAGGCGCAAUUACCGUGCGGAAAAGUUGUUGCCUUAAAAAAACUUCACGGUUAUGAAGCAGAAGUGCCAGCUUUUGAUGAAAGUUUUAGAAAUGAAGUGAAAAUAUUAUCAGAAAUAAGGCACCGACAUAUUGUGAAGCUUUAUGGAUUCUGCUUGCACAAAAGAAUCAUGUUUUUGAUCUACCAAUACAUGGAGAAAGGAAGCUUGUUCUCUGUCUUGUAUGAUGACGUAGAGGCCGUGGAAUUCAAUUGGAGAAAAAGGGUUAACAUUGUUAAAGGAGUAGCAUCUGCUCUUUCAUAUCUUCAUCAUGAUUGCACGACUCCAAUAGUGCAUCGAGAUGUAUCUAGUGGAAAUAUCUUGCUAAACUCCGAGUGGCAGCCUAGUGUGUCUGACUUUGGCACAGCUCGACUCCUUCAACAUGAUUCAUCCAAUCGAACAAUAGUUGCUGGAACAAUCGGAUAUAUAGCUCCUGAGCUUGCAUAUACCAUGGUUGUGAGCGAAAAGUGUGAUGUAUAUAGUUUUGGAGUAGUAGCACUAGAAACUUUAAUGGGAAGACACCCUCAGGAACUAUUGUCGUCACUUCAAUUAGCAUCAACUCAAAACAUGAAAUUAUGUGAAGUAUUAGACCAACGUCUCCCAUUUCCAAAUAAUGCGAUGGUGUUACUUGACAUAAUUCGUGUAGCUGUAAUAGCAUUUGCAUGCUUAAAUUUCAAUCCUAGCUCUCGACCAACGAUGAAACGUGUGUCACAGAGCUUUGCCACUGAGCUUACACCAUUAACCAUUCCUUUGAGUGAAAUUUCAAUGCAGCAACUAAUGAGUCAAGAAUUCAAAGCAUUAUUUCAUAUUCUCAACCAUUGAAAGGAAAACUUUGGUCUGUUUCUUGCCUGCAGUGCAGCAGUGCUACUGUCAAAUGUCUGGUUCUUCGGUAAAACGGUUCCUCAGUUCAAAUUGGCUUUGGUUUUUAGGUAUUGUUUAGUUGUGUUUUGAGUGACUUGUGGUUUUGACAGGUUGUGUUUUGUUGUAUUGUGUAAUAAGAUUCUUAUUGGCAACUCCUCUGUGCUUAACAUAUAGAGGGAAAUUUAGAAAAGUUACCAAAUAUUUUUAUUAUAUUUUGGAGAUUCUGAAAAAACAUUGAGCCACUUGUUAAAUUUAAUUGAUAUUCUUAUCA